AGUGAGAUUAUAAUCAUGCUGUUUCACAGGGCAGCGCGACUAGAGAUGGCGGCUGCAUACCGAGGAUUGGAUCAGCUGGGCUUGAACGAAGGUGUGUGCAACCACCUCAGCAUGAUGGCGCCGCGUGCCGAUGGGAAAGGCCAGACUAUGCUUGUGAUUUCUUACGGCUUACACUGGAGUGAGGUUACUGCGAGCUCUCUUGUGGGUCUGAACGAGCAGGCUGAGGUAGUGGAUGGGGAGGGCACAGUGGACAUCGCAGCCUCCAGCAUCCACCUGGGCAUCCGCCACGCCCGUCCUGACGCCACAGUCGUAAUGCACACCCACCAGCCGUACUCCACGGCCCUGGCUUGCAUGAAGGACCCGACGCUGCAAAUGAUUCACCAAAACUCUGCACGAUUCUAUAAAAGGGUUGCCUACGACUCGAACUACAGUGGCCUCGCCUUAGCCAUCGAUGAGGGCAAGAGGCUUGGAGAGGCUUUGGGCGACAAGGAUAUCCUCUUCAUGGGUCACCACGGCGUUAUCAGCGUCGCUACAAACGUUGCCCUGGCCUUUGACCACCUCUAUUAUCUCGAGAGGGCCGCCCAGUUGCAGGUGCUUGCCUUCUCUAUGCAGCGGGAAGUGGGCCUCAUUCCUGAAAAAAACUGCAAGCUGACCUGCGAUGAACUUUGGAAGGAGAUUCAAGGCUACGGUGAUGCGCAUUUCUAUUCUAUGUACAGAAGACUCCGUAAGACCCAGCCAGACUUUGAACAGUAAACACAAAUGACGGGUCACUGUGAAUAACCAAGACACCGUGCAGAGAGACUUGAUCAUGUCUACCCAUGCACCCUUACUUCGAUAAUGUUUUAUUGAAAGUCAUUUAGAUGAUAUGAGUGAGUCGUAGUAGUAAAUUAUAGAAAAUAAAUAAAUAUUACGAUGUGAGAUAAAAUUAUUAAGCUAUUAUUAUGCCAUUUUACAGAAGGAAUUAUUACGAUAUAUUACGAUAGGAGAGAAAAGUAUUAAGCUAUUUUUAUAUAGUAUAUUACGCAAUUUUACGGGAGGAAGAAAUAAGACUCAUCUUGAAGGUCUCGGUACUCGAGAUCACCAAGAAGGUAAACAUUAUUUACAUAACACCCACAGACACACUAACUUCAUCAAUCGCGUCCCUGAUACUUGGACAGCAUCUUCAAACAUCUCUGGACCCGGUAAGAAGAAUGUAAGAUCCCACACUAUUAUGUAAAACUGACAAAACAGGAAAAAAUAAAAUGGUAAACUGGCAGCUCAACUGUAGUGUGCCUCGCUCUCCCAGUGACUCCC